UCAUCAUUGCGUCGUUGUUGUUAUUCUUUUAUUUAUAUUUGUUAUUGCGAAAUUUGUUGGAUGCAGUUGUCUUCAUUAGUCUACACUUCAAGACAAAGAAAAAAGUUAAUUCUCUGGACGAAAAUUUCAUAAUUAUUUCCAAAACAAUAAUGGAGGAAGAAAAUAAAGAGGAAAAUGUUGAGACUAAAGUGACAUCAUUGCAAUCAUCUUUAAACGUGAUGUGUGCGAUUUGUAGUGAAUUUUUUAAAAGUACCGAUAUCAUUUAUAGUACUUCAAAGUGUGGUCAUGUUUUUCAUCGCCAGUGCCUGUUCCGUUGGCUGACACGUUCCAAUACCUGUCCCCAGUGUCGUGCCAGUGUACAUCAACACAAUGUGCAUCGUUUAUUUUUGAAUUUCAGUGAACCCACUGCAAUGGACGAAAUCGAUGCCGAACCCAUUAAGAGUUUUGAGUGGUUGUAUGUUGACGAAAGUAUUACGGCCGAAGAAAUAGCACAAUUUGGUUUUAUAUUGGGUCUAGAUAAGGAAAGUGAUCCAUUAUUUGCGGCUCGUGUCUAUUUAGAGGAUGAUCUCUUGCCGGCCUAUUAUGUGCCUAAAUUAAAAGGUGCUUACGCUGCUUGGAAUUGUGAAUCUCAUUUUCUAACCGAAGGCAUUGAACUAUUACACAUUAAUAACGAUAAUGCUGAUUACAAAUGGUUGCCAAGCUCGAAUGGUGAAAUACCAACAAAUGCUUUAGCAUCCGGCUAUGCUGAAACUGGGGAAACCUUAUACACUGCCCGUUAUGUACACAAUGAUAGGAUGCGUUAUGGAAAAUUGCAUCCAUCACAUGGCUGUGCCUAUAUACCAUAUAAAGGAAAGGAACUUAAUAAUCGAAACUAUGAAGUACUGGUUAGAAUACCCAAGGAUAGUGUAUAAAUCAAUUUCAUUUGCCAAUCUUUCUGUAUAUUUAUUAGUAUAUUGUAUAAAUAACGCUUAUAUAUUGUUUUUUAUCUGUUUACUUUUAAAACUGGACUUUUUGGAUUUACUGACAUACAUAUUUGUGAAAUUAGCGUUAUGUAUUUGUUAAAAAUAUUUUAAUAUAAGCUAUAUUAAUGUUGUUGUAUUUUAAGAUGAAGAAAAUUUAAUUUAAAUUUUACCAAUGUUUUGAAAAUCUUCUUAUUUGAAAUAAUACAGUAUACAAUACUGUUAUUUUUUAGAUAAAAUUAAACAUUUCCAAUUUGACAGUUUUCCGUCUAAAUAUUUUCUAAAUUAUUAUUAUUAUAAUUGUUAUUAUACUAUUAUUAUAUUUAUACCCUUCUGACGAAGGUGAAAUGUAGAGUAAUAAAAAGUU